AUGCUUGAAUAUAUGGACUAUAUUGUAAAAGCGUUCGAGAUCAGUACUAAUUGGCCGGCUACUGCUAGUCGUAAUGGUGCUUUUAGUCAUAUGAAUGGAAGUGGAUACAAUUCAGUUGAAUUUGAAGAUAAUAUGACUGCAACUUCAGAUAAUUUGCUUAAUUUUUAUAUACCGAAUGUGUUUAAGUUUCAAUUAUCCAAUAAGUCUUCACCGUUUACAUUCAACACAAUUGAUAUUACAACAAAACAAUCUAUAAACGGUUCAUUUGCUUACAUAUAUACUAAUGCAGAGAAUCUUGAUAAUAUAGUUAAAAAUACAAGUAAUGUGAAUUUACUUGAUAUUGUCGACACAUAUCAAGUAAAUAACAAAAAGACAAGAGGUAAAUACUCCUCAAAGUACCAAGGAAAAAUAAAAUCAUUGUAUUAUGGUAGGAUGUAUUAUCCAAGUUCAUUCUUGGAGGCAAUGGUUAUCAAAAAAUUUAAUCCAAGUACACAAGUUAUAGUCAAAUGGAUCAGCAGUUCAAAUAAUUGCAAUAUCGUAACCGGCUAUUUACAAAGAAGCAACAAUAGAACAUUUCAGGAAUUUGUUCUUUCUUCUAAUGAUUUUCUAUGUGGUUACAAAUUGUUACAUCAUUUUGUUGAAUCGCCAUCUAAAUUUAAUAAUUCUUUAUACAAUAAUUCACAACUUUCUGUUGGCGCUGAAGCUUGGUUAAGCGUAUCAAAUUUAAGUCCCACAUGCUCUUCAACUUUAAGAUACUGUACUCAUUCAGCUAGCACAGGACGUCCAUUGAUGCUUACAUGUUCAUUGAAUCCAAUAUUUGGUCAUUUAUCUUCAACAUAUUCUGCCAAAACCACAUCCAACUCAACGUGUUGCGUUAAGUAUGAUUUUAAUUUAUAUUCAAUGGAAUCAAAUUUAUCUCUGGGCACUGAAAUUUGGAAAAAUAAUUCAGAAUUUACAAGCAAUAAGAUCAAAGUUCAAAAUACGCACAUUGAACGUAAUACAUCCGACAUUUCUAACAAAAUACCCAACUCUGAUAAAUUUACCAUAAGUGAAGAAUACCAUUCCAUUUCGAAUGACAAACAAAAGAAAGUGUUAAACGAUCUCAAUGCUACAUUUACAUCAUCCCUUCAAAAAAUAGACAAAGAAAGAUCAUUAAUUGAAAAUUUCCAAAAUAAUAUGUAUGAUAAGAACUUUACAAGUGUUUGGAAAUUCAGCACUUCAUUACGUGAAAAGAAUUUACGAAUACUGUGGAAUGGUAAAUACAAAGAUUUUAUAUUAGUAGCUGGUACUGAACUCCUACAACAAGAAAACAAAGAUGAGACGACUUCUGAUUUUAAUAAAAAUGGAUUCCCAUACAAAUUUGUGACAGCCAGAUUAGGAUUUCAAAUCCAAUAUUCAUCUUGA